GCGCUUUCCCGUAGCGUGUCUUGAGUCUUUAUUUUGCGAAGUGCCGCUAGGCCAGGCAGGUGCUAAAAGCCCGGAGUCGUGGACCCCGGCCAGGUCUCAGCAGCAUGGAGGCGCAGGGUGUCGCGGAGGGCGCGGGGCCGGGCGCCGCCAGCGGCGUGCCCCACCCCGCGGCCCUAGCCCCGGCUGCGGCUCCCGCCCUGGCGCCAGCCCCGGUGGCGACCGCGGCCUCGCAGUUCACCCUGCUGGUGAUGCAACCCUGUGCUGGGCAGGACGAGGCCGCGGUCCCCGGGGGCAGCGUUGGGGCGGGCAAGCCCGUUAGGUACCUGUGCGAAGGGGCCGGGGAUGGCGAAGAGGAGGCUGGGGAGGACGAAGCGGACCUGCUAGACACUUCGGACCCUCCAGGGGGAGGCGAGAGCGCGGCUAGUUUGGAGGAUCUGGAGGACGAGGAGACCCACUCGGGGGGCGAGGGCAGCAGCGGGGGCGCCCGGAGGCGGGGCAGCGGCGGGGGCAGCAUGAGCAAGACCUGCACCUACGAAGGCUGCAGCGAGACCACGAGCCAGGUGGCCAAGCAGCGCAAGCCGUGGAUGUGCAAGAAACACCGCAACAAGAUGUACAAGGACAAGUAUAAAAAGAAGAAGAGCGACCAGGCCCUGAACUGCGGUGGGACUGCCUCGACUGGCAGCGCGGGAAACGUCAAACUCGAGGAAAGUGCAGAUAACAUACUCUCCAUUGUUAAACAAAGAACAGGAUCUUUUGGGGAUCGUCCUGCAAGACCUACUCUUUUAGAACAAGUGUUAAAUCAAAAAAGACUGUCGUUACUAAGAAGUCCAGAAGUAGUGCAAUUUUUACAGAAACAGCAACAACUAUUAAAUCAGCAAGUUUUGGAGCAAAGACAGCAGCAGUUUCCAGGAGCAUCAAUGUGAGGGAACUUAUCAAGAACAUCUACAUGGUUUUUAUCUUACUGUAAUAGAUGAGCAUAUUUUUUUACCAAAUAUAAAUGGGGUAAUAAUAUAUGCCUGUAGAACAUAAACAUUUUCCUGUAAAUGUAUGUGUGCAUUUGGGGAUAAAUAAGUAUUGCACUUUGUGCAUCUAAUCUUUCAGAUUACUAUGAGUUUGAAGAAGUCAGCUUAUCUUUCCA